GCUUCUGGUAAAAAUAAAACCAAAGAAAAUUUGGUUUUGAUUUAUUAUAUUUAAAUGUGAUAUAAAUGUCAGAUGCAAAUUAUCAGUAUUCUAUAUUAUUACCAUGUUUAACAUUAAAUCCAGUGAUAAUAUAUAUAUAACAUAAAAUUCAUUUUUUAAUUAUUUGCAUGAAGUUAGUUAACAGAGAUGUCUGUUAUUGAAUGACAGUAUUUUGUUGUUUGUUUUGUGAGAAAAGCUCAAUUUUAGAAAUAAUACUUUAUAUUGAUAAAAUAAUAUACAACACAAAUAAAUACUUGAUAGUUCAUAAAUUACAACAUAUCAAUGUGUUACAGUUUUAACACUUAAAACUUUAUUAGAAUCAGAUAAUAAAGUUACAUGGCAAAAGAUGUCAUUUCUGACAAAGCAUGAUGAACUACAGGUCAGUUUUUACGCACAACUAGCACGCGAUUCAUUAAAAACAGAUUCCGUUCUGCCUAGUUCUGUCAAGUUUCGUCAUAUCAAGUCAAUAUACGAUUCUUCUACUCAAAUUGUGAAUGAGCUUGGUACUACGGACGUAGCAGUUGGGGAUGCAACCGCAGAGAUUAUGGUGACAACACUUGGAAAAAUUCCAAACGAAAUGUAUUACUUGGAAGAUACAACACAUGGAAGAAUUGCGGCAAUUUACAAUACCGAAUCACACACAAUACUCGACAACAGUCACAUUACAACGACUACAAUUGAAGCUGUUAAAUCUGACGUUUACACAGAUCACUCCACGUUGCUUGUUAUUUUGUUAAUUGUGCUCCUAAUCAUAUUAAUGAUAUGCUGCAUCACGGCGUGCAUAAUUGCGAGAUCCAGAAGCAAAUAUCCUUCCUUCUUCACAAGAAGUGACAUCGAGUGCAGUCCGAGAUGUAGCGGUGUGAACCAGCCUUUGCUAAGCUUAGACAAAAAUUCAGAUACAACCACCAAGACCAGCAGUGGUUCCACAAACAAUUGAAGAGAUGUUUGACCGGAGUCGCCGUGGAAGCGGGUGUGGUGCCGAAAGCGAACGUGGGUGCGGGUGUCGAUGUAGACGUUCCGAAGCCGCUGCCGAA